AUGCCAUCCUCGGAGGAAGAUAAAAAAGCAAAGUUACAGUUAUGCUCUAAGUAUUUGGAAAUGUUUACGCAAAUAAAAGAACGGGAGAAAUUUUUUGUUGAUCUGUCUAUUGAUAUGUUGGCUGGAAUGAGAUAUAUUGCUUCUGGCAAAUCAAGCAUACUAUCAGGCACUGUUUCCGAUCUAGACAAGGAAAAUGGGGAGAGAUUAGUUUUAAAUUUACUCCAAACACUUAUUCGUCUGCUUGCAAAUAAUGAUACCUCAAAGGCCGCAUUUAGAGCUCUAGCUGGAAAGGGGUACCAGACUCUGCAAAGCCUACUGUUGGAUUUUUGCCAGUGGCAUUCAAGUGAAAGCCUUUUAGAUGCUUUGCUUGAUAUGCUUGUUGAUGGUAAAUUUGAUAUCAAGAUCAGUCCUAUAAUUAAGAACGAGAACUCUGUUGCCACAAAUAUCAUAAGUUCUUCUGCUUCCAUGACAGAGCCAACCGAGAAGGAUGAAGCACCUAAGGAAAAUGUUGUUGGAUCGCGAAAGUCUAGAAAACAUGCAAAGCUAAAAUUAGAUUCUGAAUUUGGAGUAGUAAGGGGAAUUGACUUUAAAAAUGUAUACACGGUUAUAAACUUUGAAAUGCCUCGCAGUGUGGCAGGAUACGUACAUAGAAUCGGACGUACUGGAAGAGCAUACAGUUCCGGUGCUUCUAUUACCUUGGUUUCUUCAGAUGAGAUGGAUACCUUUGAAGAAGUAAGGUCUUUUGUUGGGGACGAUGAAAACAACGUCGGCUCACCCCCGAUUGCCGAGUUUCCCUUACUCACCAAGAAUGCUGUAGAAUCUUUACGGUAUAGGGCUGAGGAUGUUGCAAAGAGUGUUACUAAAAUUGCCGUCUGUGAAUCACGAGCCCAGGAUUUGAGAAAUGAGAUUUUGAACUCUGAAAAGUUGAAGUCCCACUUUGAAACUAAUCCAAGAGACUUGGCUCUAUUGAAACAUGACAAAGUUUUGAGCAAGAACGCCCCUCAUCCACACCUUAGGGAUGUCCCAGACUACCUAAUAGACAAAACAACAAAAGAGGCAAGGCAAAUGGUUAAGCUUACAAGAGAUGCAAUGGGAAAUAAUAAUAAUAAUCACCGACGGGGUUCCAAGAGAAAAUCAAGAAAAGGCAGUGACCCUCUGAUAUCCACAAACUACAAUGCAUAG